AUGGACGAUCAGGAGGGCUCCCCGUCAAGCUCGUCGAAGCGGACUACGGUCGACGAUGAUGGCCGAGACCGUAAGCUCGUCAAGACCAACGACGACGCCCAGACUCAGCAACAAAAGCCUCCUGCUCUCGACACCGAAGCUAUCAAGCAGGAGCUAACCUGCAACAUCUGCCUCGACCUUGCCACUAGGGCUACAACUGUCCUCCCAUGUGUCCACCACUUCUGCUGGUCCUGCGUCAAAGAGUGGUACCUCCUCGGCCGGAACAAGUGCCCACGCUGCCAGACCGUCACCACCGAAGCCAAAGUCAACGCUGCUCUCAUCAACAUCUGCGACUUGAUCAUUCAGGCUGAGCCAGACGCUGCUAAACCUGCUGAGGUACUUGCUGAAGAAGCCACGGCGUUCCAGACAUACAAGUUGGCACACGCGGGCAGUACGACGCUUCGCCCUAGCGUAGGCGGCUAUGGAUACCAGGCUGAAGAUGACGAUGAUGAAGACGAUGUGCCCGCAUUCUGGCGCUGCCCCUGCUGUGACCCGAACAACCCCUUUGGCUACGUGUGCGAGAGGCCCUUCCCUGAGGCUGAAAAUUUUGGCCGUGCAAUGCCUCCUCGACCGCCGAGGGGUGCGGUCUGGCCAGAUCUAAAUGAAUUGGAGGACUUCAUGCCAGACAUUAUGGAGAGGCACACGUCUUGCGAGGAAUGCACCUGCUGGAUCCCUGAGAACGGACCCUCUGAGGCUACAUGUGUCGGCUGCCGCAACAGUAUCUGCACGCCCUACGAUCCCACCGGCCGCUGCCCCAGAGUCGAGCAUCCCUGGACGACCAUGGAGAACCACAGUGCCGUAGAACAAGCACUGACAGUAGCACCUCAGGAGUUCAUCCACUUCAACCCUCGCUUCAACUCAGUCGAGCGCAAGCGUGCACACGAGUACUGGACUGAGCACGGCAUCACUCCCAGGCAAAUCUUUGCUCAAUUCGUCGAGUUCGCUCUCGCGCUUUGUGAUGGGGUCGCUGACGAGGACGGAGUCGUCGACGUGCGCAAGGCUCGGCAGGAGCAAGCAGAGAGGGAGGCCAAGGAGGAAGAUCAGAGCCCCGAGGCAGUUGAGCGCCGCCGUAAAGAAGCUCGACACCAAGCCAUGGCUAACGUUUACCCAGAGUACGGCGAGUGGAUCUGCUGGUCCUCUAACAGAGUCGUCGAGCUCGAGGCGCCUGAGGCACACGCAUUUCUCUGCGGUAAUCUUUGCGGCGGUUGUGCCACUCAAGCUCUCGGUCAUGUCGUCGAUUGGUGGUGGGACGAUGUGAGGAAGAACAAGAGAGAUACUCUGAAGGCCGAAAUCCGAGAUCUCCCUGACUGCUGGUACGGCGUCGAAUGCCGAACGCAGCAUCAUAAUGUUGAGCACUGCGAGAAGUACAACCACCUCUGCCCCAAGAAUGGAAAGCCUGCCGACCAACAGCAAGACGAUCCGCAGCCUCCGGCAGCAGCUGCAGACGCGCAAGGACAACGCGACGACGAUCAAGCACCUGCUGAUCAGCCCGCCGCCGCCGUCGCUGCCCAGGCUGAGGGACUGGACGUGCUGGACGCAAUCGCAAUCAACGCAGAGGCGGAAGCGAUGCUUGCUGCUCAGGCAGAAGAAGAAGAAGAUCCUGCCUCACCACCAGCGGCAGAGGCUAACGACAUUCAAGCUCAACAACCUCAGAUUGGAGCUCAACAGCCACAGGCGGCCGCAGUGCCGCGCGAAUUCAUUGUCAUCGAUGACGACUGA